GUAGUCGACUUUUAAAAAGCUUCGGCAACCCGUGAUAUGACGACUUCGCUGGUUCUGCAUCCACGCUGGGCGGACACCUUAAUGUACGUAUAUGAAAAAAGCCCGAAUGAAAAUAAUCAGAAUAAAAACCAAUCAAUGGAGGGACUAGGCGGGAAUUGUCCUGCUACUCACUGCAGGGAACUGAUCUCGCACUCAGCGUUGGGACGACACUCCGGCAGCCUAAGCCACCAGGGUUCUGUGUACUCGGAAAUACCCUCCCAGGACACAGGGCGACAUUGCCCCGCUACCCAGACUUCCUCUAGCACCACCCUGGGUUAUGGCUACCCGUUCGGAAGCCCUUAUUACGGUUGUCGAUUGUCACACUCGCACAACGUUAACUUGCAGCAGAAGCCAUGCUCUUACCACCCUGCCGAGAAGUAUACAGAACCAAGCGCGGCACUGCCCACGGAAGAGCUGUCAGGCAGGGCAAAGGAGUUCGCCUUUUACCCGAGUUUUGCUAGUUCAUACCAGACUGUCCCAGGUUACUUGGACGUGUCUGUGGUUCCCGGUAUCAGUGCGCACCCGGAACCGAGACAUGAAACUUUGAUUCCCAUGGAUGGAUAUCAGCAUUGGGCUCUAUCUAAUGGCUGGGACGGACAGGUGUACUGUUCUAAAGAGCAAACACAGUCAACACAUCUCUGGAAAUCUCCAUUCCCAGAUGUCGUCCCUUUGCAGCCAGAGGUCAGCAGCUACAGACGAGGCCGCAAAAAGAGAGUUCCUUACACCAAGAUCCAGCUGAAGGAACUAGAGAAAGAGUACGCAGGCAGCAAGUUCAUCACCAAAGACAAGAGACGUCGAAUAUCUGCCACUUCUAAUCUCUCUGAACGCCAGGUCACCAUCUGGUUCCAGAACCGGCGGGUGAAGGAGAAAAAAUGUGUCUGUAAAUCUAAAUCAAGCUCUCACAUGCAUGCCACUUGAUUCAGUCCAAUCUCACUGGCAUGACAACUCAAAUACUUUUUAUCACAGAAACGCUCGAUAUUUAUACAUCGACAGAAUUCUCACCUAUGAUGCAUUGCACAACACAAACUUAAUCUCACCUCCCUAUUUGGACAUAAACUGGGGGGAAAUACAGAAGAUUGAAUGAAAACUGGUUGGAACGAAUGAUCACAUCCUUACAGGGGCAUCGAAAGCAAUACCAGCAUUGUUGGUAUAGCCUCAGACCUAAAUUACAAACGUUUGUGCCUGAUAAAGUAAACGGAGGUCUUUGGGGAUUUCAUACAGUUAUCUUGUUCAGACAUUGUCAGGUGUUGGACACAUCAAGACUGAACUCACUUGUCAAUUAUAUUGUAUAUGGCCGUUUUAGUUUGAUCCCACGGGAUUGAGCAAGGUUACUAUUGUCUAUUGUACAGUACCAUGCAUAUUUAAUUACAAGUUGUCUCGUAUGACAGGGGUUGUAAAAUUGCUACAGACUAUUUUAUGGUUCUCAUAUUAUUUUGAUAAUUUUUGUCAGUGAAGGAUAUGUCUCUGUAAUGCAACUGGAAUGAUUGUAAUCCGUAUAAGAAUAUUAAAAAGUAUUGCAGAAUCUUUUGCCAUUUGGUUUGUAUAGUGAGUUAGGUCUUAUAGCAUUCGGGCUGUGCAUUCCGAUUGUAAGACGUUUUAUUAAUUUUAUUUGGUGCAGUAUUUGAACUGUGAUGUGGUGCUCGAUCGAAAUGUACUCAAUGGAGACAUGUUUCAUAAAUAAA